AUGCCAGGGCAUGCGAAUAGCCCGUACUGGGCUGCCGUCGAUUUCGACAGUGAAGGUGAAGAAGACAGGAGCCCACCAAAUAAUAGAGUAUACCUUGACCCGUGGGAUAACGAAGCUUUUGGUACCGUAACAACAGAAUCACCGGAUUCCAGCCAGGAACACAUGAACUCCUUCGCCGGUGAACCAAUUAGCGCCAGUUUUUACUAUGUGCCUACUAAAACAUAUGAUUCAGGUGAAGAACCUAAGCCAAAUAAACGAGUAAUUUAUCCUGAAGAUAUGGUUACACCUGAUUAUUCCAUGUAUGGUCGCAGACCAUCAAAACAUAUGGCACCAGACUACCAAGAUAUGAUGUACGGACAGAGACCAAUGCCGGAACGUAGAAGAUCAAUGUACAUAGAGGAACCAAUAUACGCACCGUAUCCCAUGAUAUAUGAACCUUUGUAUGCACCUGUACCAAUGCCGCAUCCAUACGUUCCGCCGCCUCCGAGAUCAAGGAUGUCAAUACAACACCAACCUGAUUAUGUCAUGGCGAACAAUCAUAACAAACAGAGACGACAAUCCAGAAUGGCAGAAGCAUACGACCACUAUAUUUACGAAACCCUAUCUCCGGAGUACGAGGACUGGGCGAGGCCGAUGCCAAAGACGGUUCCAGGAAACUUCCACCUGUCUCGAUAUGGACAUCUCCAAAUCGAUUAUUCUUGCAGUUGGAAUUCUCUCGAUAGAAUUAUACGCAGCCAAUAA